UGGUACAUUAGUUUGUCUGAGGUCAUUCAAGCUAUGUCCAGAAGGAGGUAUUCCUAUCUGGAAUAGAAAAUAGGGUGAAACGUCCUUAAUGCCUGACGUCAGAGGGCUGGGAGCAGCGCGCGUGCGCGGGAGCGCGGAGCGGCAGCCGCAGCGCUGAGCUGAGAGCGAAACAACAGCAGACAUGGCAAGAGAUGGCGAGGGACGCGAGCACACUGACACCAUGCACUGCUGAAGGGACGGGGGCCUUAACAUCUGAGGAAAAAUACGAAACUUUAUAACACGAAAAGAGAAAAAAAGAAAAAAGAAAGAAAAAAUACUCGAGAUUAGAGAGACACUAAAAACCUAACUUUAUUUUCAAUGAGCGCACUUCUGUGGACACAGCUCCGCUAUAUCAGAUAGAUGAUUUGUCCACUCGCUUGCACGUAUAAUGAACGCACAGCUGUCUAUGGAGAACAUUGUCGAUCUGCACGGAUUGAGUCAUGAACCGGUCCCCAGCGCAGCGGAUCUCAUGACCGGAGACAGCUCUCAUCAUAGGACACAUCGGAGCACUCUGUCAGCCCAUGCGCGCUCCAUGGGCAUGGCAUCAAUCCUGGACAGCGGCGACUAUCAUCACCACCGGCCCCCGGAGCAUCCCGGGCUCGCCACCCACCUGCACCCGGCCAUGAGCAUGGCGUGCGAGGCUCCCCCCGGGAUGAGCAUGAGCAGCACCUACACCACUCUCACGCCGUUACAGCCCUUGCCGCCGAUUUCCACCGUCUCCGACAAAUUCCCCCACCAUCAUCACCACCACCAUCAUCAUCACCAUCACCCGCACCAAAGGAUCCCGGGCAACGUCAGCGGGAGCUUCACCUUGAUGAGGGACGAUAGGGGUCUGGCCCCGAUGAACAACCUGUACUCUCAGUACCACAAGGACGUGACCAGCAUGGGACAGAGCCUUUCGCCCCUGUCUGGGUCUGGACUGAGCGGCAUUCACAACUCCCAGCAAGGUCUGCCGCCGUACGCGCACCCCGGGGCCACCAUGCCCGCCGAAAAGAUGCUUACACCCAAUGGAUACGAGGCACACCACCCCGCGAUGCUGGCUCGACACGGGGAACAGCACAUGAGCGCGUCCUCGGCGAGCAUGGUUCCGAUAAACGGCAUCCAUCAUCACCCUCACGCCCAUCUCAACGCCCAGGUCCACGGGCAGGUGCUGGGCUCCACUCGGGAGCAGAGCCACUCCUCCGCGCCCGGUUCGCAGCUACACAACGGCGGCAGUUCGGGUCAGAUGGAGGAGGUCAAUACCAAAGAAGUGGCCCAGAGGAUCACGACGGAACUGAAAAGAUACAGCAUCCCACAGGCCAUCUUCGCGCAGAGGGUGUUGUGCCGCUCACAGGGGACGCUCUCGGACCUGCUCCGGAACCCCAAGCCUUGGAGCAAGCUCAAGUCCGGCCGGGAGACCUUCCGAAGGAUGUGGAAAUGGCUGCAGGAGCCUGAGUUUCAGAGAAUGUCCGCGCUCAGGCUCGCAGGUGAGAGAACAAUAGCAUGCAAGAGAAAGGAACAAGAGCACGGGAGAGGCGAGCGGGGGAGCGUCUCCAAGAAGCCCCGACUGGUCUUCACUGAUGUCCAGCGGCGGACUUUACAUGCAAUAUUCAAAGAGAACAAGCGCCCGUCCAAAGAGUUACAAAUCACCAUCUCUCAGCAGCUGGGCCUGGAGCUCACAACCGUCAGCAACUUCUUCAUGAACGCGCGUCGGCGGAGUCUCGAUAAGUGGCUGGACGACUGCAGCUCCAACUCGGCCAAUUCCUCCUCCAGCACUUGUACCAAAGCAUGAUGGAGUAACGGCUGCUUAAUGACAAAAAAAAACUUCGGUGGAAAAGCUUUAAACAAAGAACACUUAACAAAAGACAAUUUUAGACAGCAUUUUGCCCUUAAAACUUGUACAAAACCGAUAUUUAUAAUAUCCAAAGAGAAAACACCAAAGACUCGCAUUUAGGACUUUGUUCGUCCGUGUCUGACAUACUGCAAAAAAGAAGUUACACUCCAAUCACUGGUCGUACUCAUCUCAACAAACUCCCCAACCUGCGUCUCUUUUAACGUAACCCAUUGCUUUCAAGGACCUUUUUCUCGUCAACAAUUGGACAUUGUCUUAAACGUGGAAAGAUUGUUAUUUACGUUGAUGUCAGAAUCUACACAUGACCUGCAGGUGUAAUGCCUGAUGUCACACACACACACACACACACACACACACACACACACACACACACACACACACACACACACACACACACACACACAUAACUGUGUGUCUGUAAACAUCCCUCAAUGUCAUAGGGCACUCAAAUCUAGCCGCAGGGAUGCGUAAAUAUAGCUGAUGGAGAAUCUUGACAUAGGUUGCCCUGAUUGUCACCCUCAGGAUUGUGCUUUCUUCCUAUUUGUUAGAAAAGUUACUAAGGAACCCGAAAAUACAUAUGCGCUUGCCAUCUUGACUUCUCAAUCACAGAUGGUGCAACCAAAGAAACAUGUGUAUUUUUCAAUCAGGCCAAACUUUUGACUCCCCUCCUCAUGUGGUAAUGUGGACGGAGGGUACUUCUGCAUUUAACAUAUGAUUAGAUCUGCCAUUUUUCCUUUAAUCACUGGUAAGAUAUGCCUUUGUGAGUGUGCAUCCCCAGUCCGUUCAUGUGAUUAUUUCAGGGAGAUGUUUUGCUAGCUUGAACCUGCCUUUUUAACCUGUAUUUUAAAUAUUUUAAUGCCAGUGGCUAAAAACCAAAGAUAAAGUGACAUCAACCAGCACCUGUCAUCAUUUCAUAUUCAUUUCCAUCUGGGGAACUAUGGGGUUAUUAUUCUUAUGGAUUUCUCAGAUACUUCUGGAUGAAAUAUGUAAUCAUUUAGUAUAGUUGUUAGCUUUGUCUGGAGCAAAUGUGUAUGCACGUUAAAGGUGCUGUAAGCGAUUUUUUUGGCUGCCCUAGUCCCUUCAACCGCGUGUCUUCUCUUCAAAACGCCGCCCUCAAAAAAUCAGUUUGCUGUAAACCAACCUGAUGUAAUCUAAUUCAUUAACUGAAUGCAGAGCUGUUCCGAGACAAGCCGAUUCCUCAGGAUGCUUAUUUCAGUCCCUUACAACAAUCCCUUACAAUACAUUUAACAGUCAUUAGAUGAGAAAUUCAGGUUGUUUUGUUUUUCAAAAGUUUCCACUGUUCUCACCAUGAGCUGCAUUCAUUUCCCAUCCACUUGGAUGUCAUAUGUCCAUUCAUUUAGCUUAAUUUCUCAUUGAGAUCACGCUGAACGAAAGCCUAAGCUUCAUUUUAACUGCAUCAAUCAUGACAACCACCGCAAUGUCCCCAGAACCCAGUAGAGAAACUAAAGCGUGUUCUAUGCAUUUCACAACUAGGAAGAAAGACUAUGAUCCUGAGGCAGGGUAAUGUGUUAAGAGACUCAUUCAGACUCACAAGAUAUCUGGCCUCGUUGUCUCUUGUGGCGUAGUUUAGCUUUAACAUAUAUUUGGUAUUUACGACUAUUGUGACAUCGAAGCAUAUAUAAAUGAGCGCUCAUGUAGAAAAGACGAAAAAACAACAAAACACAUUAAGACCUGCUGAUAUUUAUAGUGUGAACCAAAGAUGCUACCUCAGUCCGUUUCCAUUCGUGAUUUCUAUCAAAGUAAUGAUACCAAAGAAUACCAAAGAUUUGUUCUCUUUGCACGGCCUAAAUGAAUGAUAAGGUGGAUGAAUAGAUGGUGUUUUCCAGCCCUCCCUCCUGUCCUCCCUCUUGUCCUCCCUCUUUCCUUUGCUCUCUCUCUCUCUUUUGCUCAUAUGUGCUUGUAUAACAGCGCCCUCGGCAGACAUGUGUUAAACUCACAGGACGAGUGCCUUGCUUGAACCAAAGUGUUAAACCGCCGUUAACCUCCCACCUUUUAACUCUCGGAAUACCUCAGCCUGUGGAAGGGCCACUGACGAAGAAACAUAAAGGAAUAUCUCUUCUCUCUCACCGUGGUGCUUUUGCCAGUGCAACCAUGCAAUGAAAACAUACCAAAGGAAUUUCUCUUGCUUUCUCCGACUCUUUUGCUGACAAACCAAAGCUCCACCUCCCUUUUAAGCCACUUGCCCCGCCCCCUCGCCACGUCACUUGUGGGUGCGUCCACCAAUUAGGCCGUGCACGUCUUUACUAAUAUCUGAAUACCUCAUAGUAAUAAGUUUUCACUGUUCUGUUGUAUAGAGAGUUUAUGUGAUAAAGGCAGAACUGAACUAGUUUGGUAAUCGUAGAUGUUUCUUCUUCUUCGAAAAAAGCUUUAUGAGUAUUUAUUUUGACGGUUUUGGCUAAAGUGCUCAGUUUUGGUCACCAAAGGCGAGUUUCCGUGAUAGCAGACUGAAACUCACGGGAAGGACAAGAGAAGCUUAUUUUUUAUUAAAGCCUUGUGUUAUUCCGAUACUCUAUUACGAUACGACUAUUGUUUUUUACAGGGUAAAACCAACUGCUGUGAUACUGUGUGUCUACGUUCACUUUCUUCUACUAGCGUGUUGUGAUUUCUGUUAAUUUAAUUGCAUUUUGUAUCGCCUAAUCUCUGUUUUAAUUUAUGUAUUUGUAGAAAAUAUAGAUUUGUACAUAGUAGGUUUUUGGAAAAAACGAAACAAAAACGAAACAAAAAUGGACAUUCAUUUUUAUGUUACAGCCUUAUGUCAGAACUGUAGAUAUAUGGAUAAAUUUCCAUUCCUCUUUGUUUGUAUGUUAGCUGGCACUUUGGCCCAUGUACAAAACACUGCCCAAGAUCCGUAUGGUCCGCCCGCAGAGGACUGACCUCUCUCCGUUGCGGCGCAGAUGGAAAAAGCAGUGUGUGAUGUUUUUUAUUUGAUUUUUUUAUUUAAAUGCUCUGAAUGAUUUGUCCUUUGUAUUUCAAAUCAUUGUUUUAUGGGUAUUGCUGCACAUCCAAAGAUUUUUAAAACAAACCAAAAAGUGUGUGGGGGAGGGGUGGGAGGGCAGAGAGAAAGUAGUGUAAUUUUUCAAAAGCACUGAUGUUUGUGAGGUCUUUUGCUGUCUGCACGGGUAUGAACCAGUAGUGGGCAUAGUAGGCCAACAUAGACGAGCUUAGUUCAAUCUAGCCGGGCAUUUCCUGCUAAAUGGUACAAUCUGAGGCUUUCAGGACAGAGGGCUGCAAGUCCUGCACACUUUGCUGUGUCAGGCACCAACUGGGUGGAGCCUAGACUGUGGGUGGGGUCUUAAGGCAGCAGGUCUGCCAUGAGCGGGGCAGUAGUUCUAUCUGAUACCUGCCAAUUUUGGUGCAAAUGUGUAUUCUGACAAUGAGCAAAGUCUAAUAAAUCUGCAACGAAAACAGGAAUUGGUGUGUGCAUGUGUGGGGAGGGCAAACGUAAAAGGUUUCAGGUAAAAGGUUUUGUGUGGACCUUCUGCACAACAAGAGGCACCAAGCGGAAUUUUAAAAAAAAGACUGUUUUCAAAGAAAUGACCAUUAGCAUUGCCAAGCGAGCAUCCCCAGACGCUGCCAUCUUUGCUUGCAUAAGAUUGUGUUGAAAAUUCUCCAAACAAGUCAGACAUCUGUAAAUGAUCUACUAUAAUAUAGUGAUUUUUUUAUAUAAUGCUUGAACAAUGUUUGAUCAGAACGACUACGCGUGUAUUUUCCCUGCUUUAUGACCUCAGAUUCAGGCAAACAGUUUAUCCCACAGCAUUGGUUAAACCAAACAAACAGACUGCAGUUCCAUUUGGUGCCGCAGCAAUUACACACCUUUGGAUGCCUGUGUUUGUGAGUGUCCGCUUUGGAUGGAGGAUAUCACAGAACGGAGAGAAUGAAGCAGUAUUACGUCCCUUUACAUUAGCAGGAUUGAAUAUAAAGCCCACGAUAGCAGAGCUGUUCAUCUCGCUGUGCUGUACAAUCAGAGUUGUUUUGUUUAUUGUAUUAGGUUUGCUGGCCAAGAGUUUCUUGUAUGCCACUCAAGAGACGUCUGUCAGAUGCAGCGUCUCUAGUGUUGGUUUUCUAGAACAGUAAUGAGUGUCAUCUCAAACCCUAUGGUGAGUCAAGAGCCUCUCUACCCAGAACCCCUCCUAAACCACAGAGUCAAAGACACAGAGCUGUUCAUUUGACAGUCCGCGUGCUCUCAAAAACACCACUAGGUCGAGUGGCACAGAACACACCCUUCUCUUUCCAAACCCUAAGCCCCGCCGCUAAUGUAGUGUCUAGCUUAGAUAGCUUGAUGUAUGUGAAUGUUGGGAUUGCUCUAAUCAUUAAUUCCUAUCCCAGUUGGUUGUCGUGGAAAAGGAGUUCCUAUUUGAUAGAAGGCUUGGCUCUGCGUGCCGUAUAAUACUGAGAGCGCCUAAGACAAUCAGCUGGAAAACAAAAUCAUGUUUUCGUUUUUUGAUAUUUAUUUUUUGUAGGUCCAAGAGGGACUACUUCCAGUGAUGAUUAUUAUAAAGAAGGAGUAAGGUUUUGAUAAACUGAAAAAUAAACUUGCUGACAUUUUCUUUUGCAAAACUAGUGUGCUCGUUCCAUUUCAGACAGUGCAUCUUGUAUCAAGCUGAUUCUGUUUUAACGCUUUUCUUUAUUCUCUUUCGGCCUGUUUUCUCUGUACGUUGUGUCUGUUUCAGUGGAGGAAUGCAGUAGGUAUUACUCUCAGGUUGUAAUGCGUCUUGCUCUUCAUUUCAAAUUCUGACCUUUUGAACUGUUUGGUUUAUUUCCUCUUUCUUCUUUUUCCUGUUAGCUACUGUUCUCUAUGCCGUGCAAUAUCAUCUUCUGUGUUUGCUAAGCAAGAAAAAAAAAGAAAAAAAGAUGCAAGUUAUGAUGUCACCAUGCUUUUUUCAGUGUUAAAAUGUUUCAGCAUUUCUGUAGUCACAAAAAUGUAGAAAAUAAAAAGGUUGGGUUUUCCAGCACAU